AUUUUACAAUAAAAAAAAUUGUAAAUAUUAUUUUUAAAAUUAUUUUUACUAUAAAAUAUUUUUUUAUUAUUAAGGGAGAUGAAAAUCCGAACCUAGUACACGGCCCCGUGUGAUGAAGUGAUUCCCCCCUAAACCUAAUACCUGGUUCACCAUGUUUUCAACAUUUGUGGAUAACGGCUCUCACUGUGGUUGGCUGGAGUCCCACAGCUUUAGAAAUGGCUUUAUAACCUUUUCCACACUGAUAGAUGAAUUUGUUCGAUGAUCCGAAAUGUUUAUGUGAUAAACAAACCAAAAAUAAUCAUAAAGGGGGCGGGCCACCGUGUAUCCAAAGCUAGUAGGAGACCAGGAUUCAAUUCCAUUCUCGGAAUGUUUAGAAUGUUUAAGUGUGACAAACUAAUAAUAAUAAACUAAUAAUAAUAAAUAAUCAUAAAGGGGGCAGGACAUUGUGUAACUAUGGUGUCAGUUGAAUAUGUCGAAUCUUCCCCACAGAAACUGACAUUAUGUUUCAUCCACUGUUGAAUUCUUCCACGUGUAAAAUGUGGCAUUCAGAAACAAAACCAAACUCAAUGGUACGUUCCAAGCUGGGUCACCAACCUGCGGAGCCACCUCCUUUUUCCAACAGCUCUGGUUGAAAGAGUUAAGAAGAUUUGUCAGCUCCACAGCAACCAACGAGCGAGUGAGCGAGCGAGUGAGUGAGUGGGGGGGGGAGGGCAGGAUUCCGGCGGCCAGAGGCAGCAGGUUCUCUUGCACGGGAUUAAGUGGGAUCGGGAGAGAUUACAGCUCUCUCGCUUCUCGUAGUCGGACGCUUGGUGCUGUGUUGAGUCUCCACUUUGCCAGGGAAUAUUCUUUGUUCUGCAACGGGAUCGAUGACAUAGGAUCUUUGCGGGAUCUGGAAGAUCCUGGAAGCUGGUGGCAUCCUUCUUCUUCUUCUUCCUUUGGACGUGGAGGCUCGUCGCCGCGUUUUAAGGUGGAGCGUUCCGCGAGCAUGAGGCAGGCGGUGGAGGCUCAGGUGUUAAGCCCUCACUGUGAACUCGGAGAGCAUGGCCUUCGCCAGAUCCUGACAGAUGUGGUGGAGGAGGUGAGGCGCACCCUGAAUCAGGACAUCGACGGUGCAGAGAUUCUACAGAGUCUUCUCAACGCAUCCUGGUUGCAGUCGCUGCUCAAGGUUUAUGAGGGUCUUCAAAGGUACCGCCGAGACUCCCCAGAGCCGGCCCUGGACUACGCAUCCGGACUCGCAUUUCAGCUGCUGAUUGACAUCAAGGCGUUGCCUGGAUGCUCUGAGGAGGCCAAGGAGCUCGACCGACUCCUGCGACAGCCUCACUUGCAGGCUUUGCUUUCUGCGCACGACAGCGUGGCCCAGAAGGACUACGAGCCGGUGUUGCCGCCGAUGCCAGCUGAUGUUCCGGAUGACGAGGAGGCCACCAGGAUCGUCUGCCUGGUCAAGAACAAGCAGUCGCUGGGGGCCACGAUAAAGAGAAAUGACAUCACCGGGGGGAUUUUCGUGGCCCGGGUGAUCCACGGAGGCUUGGCCGAUCGUAGCGGUCUGCUGCACGCCGGGGACCGCAUCAUCGAGGUGAAUGGGUUCCCGGUGGACGGCUUGGAGCCGGAGCAAGUCAUUCAAGUUGUGCAGGCCAGAGCGCAGGGCACCAUCAUGUUCAAAGUGGUUCCCAUCACCGACAGACCAGUUCACCAUCUCACCAUGCUGUACAUGCGGGCGAUGGUGGACUACACCCCGCAACAGGACCCCACCAUCCCCUGCGCGGACGCGGGCGUCCCCUUCAAGAAAGGCGACGUCUUGGAGAUCGUGGACCAGACCGACGCCCUCUGGUGGCAGGCUAGAAAACUCCCCAGCGACGCAGCUUGCGCCGGGCUCAUACCCUCCAGCAACUUGCUCAAAAGGAAGCAGCGGGACGCCAUGUGGUCUUACCAGCUACACGCCUGCAUUCACACACUCAGCACAGUGGAGGAAGAGGAGGACUUGAUGGCCAUUGAUGAGAAAUGUGUGGAAGCAGACGAGGAAGCUUUUGAAUCCGAGGAACUCCGUGAUGGAGACGACGUGAGCAGCACCCCUGUGGGCGUGUACUUGGCCGGGUUCAGGCACAGCUUGCGUCUGUGUCGCAGGCGCUCUCACAGCGGCGGCCUCGCCUCCUGCCCCGCCCGCUGCCCCAACAGCUGCAUCAGCGCCCCCAUCUGCGCCUACGAGGAAGUGGUGCGCUACCAGCGCGGCGCCCGUGAUGCGCACCGUCUGGUUGCCCUCUUGGGUCCGUCGGGCGUGGGUGUCAAUGAACUCCGCAGGGGCUUGAUUGAAAUGAAUCCCGACACCUUCCAAGGGGCGGUGCCUCACACCACAAGAGCACCCAAAGGAUACGAGGAGUCUGGCAGAGAAUAUCACUUCACCAGCCGAGAGGUCUUUGACAACAUGGUGCUCAAAAGCAGGUUCGUGGAGCACGGCGAGUACAAAGGGAACGGGUACGGCACUAGCAGGGACGCCGUGAAGGAGGUUUUAAACAGCGGGAAGAUCUGCGUGAUUGACAUAGGAGCCAAUGCUAUUCAGGCGGUGAGAACGCAUGACCUGCGGGCUUAUGUCAUCUACGUCAAGCCGCCGCCGCUGGAACGACUCAGGGAGACGAGACGGAACUCGUUCAUCACCACCGACUACUACAUCAACCGCCCCUUCAAGGACGAGGACUUCCAGGAAAUGGAGGAGGCCGCCCGCAAACUGGAGUCGCAGUACUCGCAGUUCUUCGAUCACGUCAUCGUCAACGAUGACUUGCAGGAGUCCUGCAUCCGGUUGCUGACGGCGGUGCAAAAAGCGCAGGAUGAGCCACAGUGGGUUCCCGCCAGCUGGAUACGACCCACCUCGGACUCCUAAGACACCGUCCCAGGGAUGCAGUUUACUACAAAACAUGGUUUACAGAUGACGUUCUUUCAUUGCUUUCGUUUUCUGUUCUUCACUUGCACAACCUGAUUGAGUCCUAGUCCUUCCUAUUAGUGGAAUGGGAGGGACUAACUUGAGUGGUUGCAAUUUAUAGUCAAAAAGGAGAGAAGAAGAGGAAGUGGGUAACAACAAUAAUGGAUUUGGGACAGCACGACACUCAGGAAUUAAGUACGCGGGAUCCAAGUGGGCAAAUUGUGACACGGCCUGUGCCAGAGGUGUCCAAAGUGUGACAUCGGGCGGCGCACGGCACGGUACACGGCAAAGUAUAAUUUAACAAUUUAAAAAAUAUUUUUAUAUAUAAUUUUUAAAUUGUUUUAAAAUAAAUAAAUGAAUAAAUAAAAUAAUUUAAUUGAUUUUAAUUAAUUUUAAUUAAUUUUAAUUAAUUUUAAUUAAUUUUAAUUAAUUUUAAUUAAUUUUAAUUAAUUUUAAUUAAUUUGUUAUUUGUUAUUUAUUUGUUAUUUAUUAUUUAUUAUUUGUUAUUUGUUAUUUAUUAUUUAUUAUCUAUUAUCUAUUUGUUAUUUAUUAUUUAUUAUUUAUUUAUUAUUUAUUAAUUCUUAUUUAUUAUUUAUUAAAAAUAAAUGUCAAGAGAAAAAAGUGGUCAUCUAACAUGUUGUAAUUUCAUGAGAAUUAUAUAAUAAUAAGGAAAAAUAACACAAUUUUAGUAGUAUAAAUUUAAAUAUUCAAGAAAAUUUUUUUUUGUUUUUAAGUCACAAUAUGAAAAACAAAACAAAGUUGUAUUUUUUUGGAAAAUUAGGGUACGGACAAAUUAUAAUGUUACUAGAAUAAAGUGGAAAUAUGAUUGGAAUAAAGCCAUAAUGUACAAGAAGAAAGUUGGAAUAGCUGUAAUUUUACAAGAAUAAAGUCAUAUUCUGGCAAGAAAAAAGUUGCAAUUUUACAACAAUAAAAAAUUAUAUUAUGAGAAAAAUUAGGAGUUAAACUAUUAAAGAAAAAUAUUGUUUUUAAGUUGCAAUAUGAGAAAGAAACAAAACAAAAUAAAGUUGUCAUUGUCAAGUUGUAAUAUUUUUGAGAAUAAUGUCAACAUUACAAAAAGAAAAUUUGCUAAGAUUGUUUCAGAAGAGAGUUAAAUAUUUGAUGAUAUAUUUACAUUAUGGCCCCUGCAUUCUUUCAUUUUAACUAUUUGGCCCUCGCUGGAAAUAGUUUGGACACCCCUGGCCUGUGCUGAUCCCACCAAUGUUUACAGUCUAUGGUGUGACGUCAUUUUAUGUUUUUAUGGUGUGUUGUUGAGCUGCCAAAACAGUUGUUUGAUUGUGACAUAAAAACGUUUUAUUAUGGUAGCGUCAUGUGUGCUCUUACGCUGAAGGGGCCAGAACAGGAAGUUUGGAUCAGUCCUUUUUCCGGCGUGUGAUUUGUUUUUCCACAGUAAAAUGUGCGAAUUACCUCUGUAUUCCUGCCCUUAAAAAAUGGCAACGAGUUUGUAAUGUAACAUGUAGUUUUUACUGUAUUAAAAAUCAGUUUGUUAACGUCUUAAGCUAAGGAAUUCCCAUUUGUACUUCUGAGUGUUUACGACAAUAAACCCGCUGAACUGAA